AUGAUGAUGAAAAAUACUCCAAACGGGAAUAUAAUUGAUGGAAGCUGCGAAAAUCAUCAACGUCAGAUCGCAUCAUUGGAAGCAAAUUUGAUGCUGCAUCGUGAACAAUUGGAAAUGAAAGAUACACAACUUCGGAAACUCGAAGAGGAAAUUGGGAAUGCUCAUCGAUGCAAUCAGCAGCUAAAUGCGAAACUUGGCUCAAUGGUUACUACGAAUAGCACCAAUUUUCUAAAUCAAGAGAAAGAACUUAGAAAUUGUGAAAAUUAUUGCGCCUAA